CAGAGUGCAUCGGUGCUCUUUACGUCGACUCCUCUCGCCUCGCAGUUCAGCAGCCGCAGCUGGUGCAGCCGGAGAGGCUACUUUGUUAAAGCGAAGCCACCGGAGAGAGAGAACGGCAGAGCAGAUUUUCUCGGAAAAAGUGUGAACAGUUUAGGAAACGAGGCGAGCGGAGGCCUUCCCGCCGCAUUCCUCUGUGGGGGGCUGUUUGAUGACCGCGGCGGCGGAUCUGUAGUUUGUGUUUUUCUGCGCCAAAAACGUGAAUCUUUUAAAGUUGUGCCGAAAAGGAGUUUUAUCAUCCAGGAUGUCGGACUGAGACAAAGGGGUCUGGGGGGGCAUUCCCGUCGGAGCGGUAAAACUUGGUUCUGGAGGCCUCCUCUGAAUGGGAAAGAUGGAGAGGGAGCUGCAGUGGUGGAAAGGACAGCUGGCUUCUGACAUCCAUCAGUCCCUGCGCAUCAAGGAGCUGAAGCUGCCUGUCUACCGAGCCCACUCCCCGCAGAUCGGCAUGCGCCGAUACUUCGCAGACCUGCUGGCCAUCUUGAGUAACCGCUACCAGCUCUGUCCGACAGCACGCCAUUUGGCCGUCUACCUGCUGGACUUGUUCAUGGACCACUAUGAUGUGGCUGUCAAACAGCUCUAUGUCAUUGCGCUCUCCUGCUUGUUGCUUGCAAGUAAAUUUGAGGAGAAGGAGGACCGAGUUCCCAAACUGGAGCAGCUGAACUCCCUCGGCUUCAUGUGCAGCUUGAACCUUGUUCUCAACAAGAAGGAUCUCAUCAAAAUGGAGCUUCUCCUCCUGGAGACGUUUGGCUGGAAUCUGUGCAUGCCAACCCCUGCUCACUUUAUUGACUACUACCUAAAUGCGGCAGUGCAGGAGAGCGACCUGUACAAUGGGUGGCCUCUGUCCUCGCUCUCAAAGACCAAGGCUUUCAUGGACAAAUACACGCACUACUUUCUGGAGGUGUCGCUGCAGGAUCAUGCGUUCCUGAGUUUCCGACCAUCUCAGGUUGCUGCUGCGUGCGUGGCGGCGUCUCGGAUUUGUCUCCAGAUUUCCCCGAGCUGGACGACUGCUCUGCAUCUACUGACAGGCUACACGUGGGACCACCUCACCCAGUGCAUCGAACUAAUGCUGCUAGCUCACGACAAUGAUGUAAAGGAGGCCAAUAAAACCAAAUCCACCCCUCCUCAUCGACUCUCCUCUCUGCAGUCGCAGCCGCAGACGUCUCACCUCUCUCCAGUUUCAUCCAUCCAGAGGCCGGUCUCCUCCUCCUCUUCCUCCUCCGCCUCAUCCACACCACAGUUGCUCUUUCAGCCAGAUGGCUUCCCUCACCUUUUGCAGCACUCCCCGUCUCUGUCCCAGCUGCAGGCGCUCGCCGAUUCCCAGGCUUUGGGCUCUGUUGUGAACAUGUCUCAGGACUUCCUUCAGAACCACAGUAUGGGUUUACUAACUGGAGCUCCUUCUGUCACUCCGAGCGGAGUCUUCCCUUCCUACUCGAGCAUAACUGCGGGUCUCCAACCAGCGGCUCGCUCGCUGCCUCUUCAGGGCCCCAUCUCGGUUCAGAUGACACUCGCCGGAGAACCCCGACACUGCCUAAGCAUGGCCUACAGCGGCGGGUACCUUGGGGCACACCACACAUUUGCCGCCGGCUGCUUUGACAGGUGACGCCAGGAGACGGAGAGGGAACUCAAGCCCCUGCAGGAGUCCACUGUAAUGCUUCCACCCCAGCUCCAAACCCAGAAACACCCGCUUACAGACCUGCUUUCUCUCUCCGUCGGCCCCGCAGCACCUCCACACCGCCCUGCUGCCCCCACCCUCCCACAGAGACGCUCCAGACGCAAGCAGAGGUCCAAAGGAAAAGCAGUCGAAGUCAUCACGUUGACGUGACGAUACUCCUCCGCCUCAUAUGAAAUACUGAGGCUCCUCAGAAGUGCUGCUGCCAUCUUCUAAACUGGAUUUAUAAAUCUGUUUUAUUGAGACUGUCAUCACUGUGAAUGAGAUGAAAGCAGCAGUGUGAUCCUACACCCACCUCAUUCAGUGCCUGUGUGCUCAGUUGUACUUGAAAGCUGAGACGAUUUUAGUGGUGCGCAAAACAAAGUAUCUGUGAUAAGGAUUACUUGCUGCUCAACUUUUUUUUUAUCACUAUAUUUAAACACACUUAUUGGGUUAAUUUCUUUUCCAUCUUGUGAGGUGAGGAGAAUACAUUUUUAUAUUUAAAGAUAACGAGAAACGAGAGUGCCUGUGUCUCCUGCAAACAUCGCAAGAAAGAGCUCAGUGGCUCCUCCUCAUCUGAGGAGACCUUUGAGUUUAAUUUUGAGUGCAGGUCAAGUCUGCAGGUCUCCUGUAGUUGUUUUUCUUACCUUGUUUCCUUUUUUUCUCUCAUCUCCAAAGUCAGGCCUUGUGGCGGACCCUCCCACGAACAGGCGAGGGCUCACGGCUCCAGGCUUCUUCAUGCUAAAGGUUUAGGUUUUGGAAGCGAUGUGACUGGACCACAUGAUGAAGGAGACACAAAGCCUUGGUCGUGUGUUGUACAUAUGAAUUGCUGCUGCCUUUCUCAUGAACUGUUGGUUCAGCGUCUGUGUUAAUGACUCAAUGUUUACAUGAACCACUUUCAGGGACUUUAUCAAGAAUUACUUGAAUAUAAUGCCAUUGAAACAUGCCAUAGCUUUUAUUUAUGACUUUUUUUUCUUUGAAAUACUUAUUUGUUUCUCGUAGUGUAGUUUUUUUAUACUAAUGUAGAAGUAUACCUUUGAUUAAGUUUAGUUUUCCUUGUUUUUGUCUUCGAGCUCAGGUUUUAAGACUGAAGCUACUUCCCUCUCCAUCAUUCUGUGAUGUGCUUUAAUCUGAAAUGCUUCGUCUGCCGCCUCUUCAUCACUGGACCAUUCCGUAUAGAAAUGCAUGGAAUUCCUCUGCUUGUAAACAUCUUCGGCUAAUAAUUGCCUCUAAUUGCAUCCUAGAUAUCUAAACCACAAUUGCAAGCCUUCCACUUCCGUUUGAAGUUUAAACACUUCCAGAUUACCACUGCUGAUCACAAGGGUCUCACACUGGUCACCAUGGCGAUAGUUUAAACAUAUGGGCCCCACGUUUGGUGGAGUUUAAAGCCGCUCUGACCAAAUUGAGUGUUGGUUCUUAACACGAUUAUUGAUCAAAGUACCAAAUACAGAUCAAGUUUCCGUUUCUGCUGACAUAUGAUCUGUUUCCCUUCAGGGAGGCUAAAAAGAUGCAUAAUUGUUCUAAGGUUGAAGUUUUAAGGCUGGAUUUACACACUGGACGUCCCUUGGUGUUGGUGCCUUGCCCUCAGCUGUCCCACGUCACACACACUCUUAAACACACAUUGAUCAGAAAAAUCUAAUUAUUUUCAUUCACCUGAAGGACACUCUGUGUCUCAGCACAAGAAGUACAUGAUGCAUUUUUUUCCCUCAACUUCUAAUAAAGUUCUGUAAUAUUUUUACAUUCCACCAACACUCACAUUUUAGUAUUUUUGUUAUUCAUGUUUUCUCCUCAGCAUGAAGGUGUCAAAGGUGCAAUAACUGUUUGUCCUGUUUUACCUGCUCACAGCCAUCACUGUCUUGUGUGUACCACUGGUUCAUCCCUUUGUAACUUAUUUUGAUUUUUUUUUUUGCUAAUUGUGUAAUUUACUUUAUCUCCUCUAGAGGGCAGUGGGCUCUGAAACGUGAAUAUGUUGCACAUUGCAGCCACAUGCUUUGAGUGAUAGAUAUUACUGACUGCUUUGGUUUUAGCUAGAAUUUCACUGUUCUUAUUUUCUAAAAGGUGCUGGUUUGACUUAAACCAAACUUGAUGAUGAUAAUACGGCACCACAAACUUAUAAUUUUAUUUUUAUAUAUUUUUUGUAACGACCUGUUGUCUUGGUUUAUGUGACACUGAGUGAUUAAAAACAAAGAAAAACAAAAGAAAUAUCAUAAAGUGCCAUGACAAAAUAAACGCAGGUGAGCUGA